AUAAUUAUAUACACGCUCCCUGACCAUCCAUGUCUGUCGUCUGAAACUUGUUUGCUUCUUCCCUCUGUUUCGACUGCUGUUUAAGCAGUUCAAACGUGUCAGGGCCAUAAUCUGUGCACAUAUGCAGUAGGCAUAUAGCAUAGCAGCGGCCAAGGCGACAUGGACGUGGUGCCACGGCCAAAGGUCUACCUGCCGGGCCCGGCAGGACGCCUCCAGGCCUUGCGCGAUGCGGGACAGCCGGUCACGCCUGCGAGUCUGGGGCUGGUUGACACAUCUGGUGGCUUCGGCGGCGCCAACGGGGGCACCGGGUUUGGGCUGGGUGCUGACGGGGACGAUCCGGACUUUCUGUCCCCUGCCUGGCUGGCAGCGCUGGAGAGCUUUGACGCGGAAAGUUUUGACGACGCGCGGCUGCUGCUGCCGCACACGCUUCGCAGUGCGGCGGGCCAGCCCUUCCGCAAGGUGCCGCGGCUGCUGGCGCUGGUGGCGUCCAUUAGCCUGGCGCCGUCCGGGGACGCCUUUGCGCAACUCAAGGACCCGGAGGGCCGCAUGGGCGCGGCGCUGCACCGCGACGUGCUGGAGGCCGUGGGGGCGCAGCUGGGGCCGCGCGCGGUGCUACUGCUGCAGCAGGUGUGUGUGGUGCAGCCCUGCCCAGGGCUGAGCUACCUGUGCGUCACGGCGGACAACGUCAUGCGGGUGUUCCCAGCCAAUGUGCCGCCGCCGGCCAUGCUGCGGCCGCGGCCUCAGCCCCCGCCGCGGUCCGGCGUCACUCACGCAACGCACACCGCCCAGCAGCCCCAGCUGCAGCGCGGGCACCCAGGGGCACCCGCCAACGGCGCGCCCGCACAGCCCCCUGCAACCCCGUCCUUCAGUACCGAUACCACCACCGCCAGCCAGCAGUUGCGAUUUCCACCACGGCAGCAGCAACAGCCGCAACAGCCGCCGCCGGCGGGACAGGGCAGCCGCUUCGGCGCCGCUGCACACCAGCAGCCCCCCGGCUCUGCAGGGCCUGGGCCUGGCGGCAUUGGCGCUGGCGCAUCGGCGGCUAAGCCUGCGGCGGCAGCCGCACAAGGCGGCGCCGGCACAGGGCGCGGGCUGGGAGGCCGCGGCAGAGGCGCCAUGCUGGGGUUCGACCUGGAGGAUGAAGAUGAGGACCCGUUCGCGUUCAUGGAGGUUGAGGAGGGCGUUGGGGAGCGCGGCGGCGGCGGCGGAGGCCCGGCAGCCGCGCCGCCAGACACUGGUCGGGGUGGAGGUGGGGUGGGCCACAGAAGCACUGCUGGCGCCGGGACAGGCACGGGCCCGCAGCCAACGGCUGUCCCCAUGGGCCCUCCCCCGCCCCGCCCUCCAGCCGGCACGCAACAGCAGCAACAGCUCCAAGUGAGUAGGCCGCAGCUGCAACAGCCGCCGCCCUGGCCGGUAACGGAGGCCAGCGCACGGCCACCACCGACGGCAGGGGGCAAGGGCUCAGCCGCCAUGGGUCCACACGGGCCUGUGCCGGUGCACGCAGCCCGGCCGAGCAACAGCAGCGGCAGCUACGCCUCUGUUGGCGGCGGCCUGCGGCGGCGGCCCAUGAUGGGGCUGGACGACAUGGAUGUGGACCUGGACCUGGAUCUUGAUUUGGGGCUCGGAGACGACAUAGGCGCUGCGGAUUCCAGAUCCAGGCCCACAGGAGGGCCCGCACCUGGAGCCGCCAAGCCAGCGCACCAGCCGCCGCAGCAGCAGCAGCAGCCGGCCGCUGCAUUCAUGCGAAGCAAGCCGGCUGGCCAAAGAGGACACAGCAGCGGCGCCAGCGUUGAUAACGACGCCCGCCUGUCUCCAGACCAAUGCCAACAACAACAUCGCGGUGGUCAGCAGCAACAGCAGCAACAACAGCAGCAGCAGCAGGGCCACGCUUCCGGUGUGGCUGCGGCCCCGGCGGCAGGGCAGGGUGUGGGCGUCAGCCCGCCACACACAGCGCAACGACCGGCCAUGGCUGGGGCAGCCCGGCAGCCGUCAUUGCAGGGCCGAUCGGGGCCGGCCCCUGCUCCCUCCGCUGCUAACGGCGGGACCACGCCUACUGGCAAUGGAGCCAGGGCUGGUGGCUCUGGCGGGAGUGGCAAUGCGGCCAGCGGUACCGGCUUGAGCUUGUUCGCGAGCCGUAUGGGAGCACGCACGCCGCCCUCCGGGCCCGGGGGCGCUGGCUCUGGCGGCAGCACCCCCGGACCGCAAUCACAGCAACCACAGCAGCAGCCGAUGCUUCACGCUCAGCGGUCUGCUCGCAUGGAGCAGCAGCAGGCGGGGGCAGCGCCCGGUGUUGGCGGAGGCGGCGAUGACGUGGACGUGCAGCAUGGCGACGGCGAGGAGUCGCUGUCGCUGUCCAUGUCGGAAGACCCGCAGCAGGAUGAGCCUUUCUUCUCAAUACUGGGCAAGCGCCGGGCAGGCCCCCACCCGCCGCCCUCGCACCCUCCCAAGCAGCAGGUGCAGCCCCGGCAACAGCAGCAGCUGCAGCAGGCGCCGCAGCAGGUGCAGCCCCAGCGGCAGGCCCCGCAGUCGGACCUGAUGGGGCCGCCUGCCACCACGUCGAGACGCACCACGCCACCGCCACAACCUCUGCAGCCAGCCUCGGGCGCAACUCCUCCUGGUGUACAGCCGCCGUCACAGCAGCAGCAGCAGCAGCCCGCAGGCGGCCGCCGCCCCGGCGGAAUCUACAUGCCGCCGCUGAGCCAGGUGACCAGCAGCUCGCAGCGACCAGCCCGCAACACGCCACCCCCGCCCACAGCAGCUGUUGCAGGUGCGGGGCGGCCGGGGGGUCGGGCCCUGGAGCAGGCGCAGGCAGCUGGGGAUGCCGGGGUCGCGUCUGAGGCGCCCAGCCAACAAGAGGUCGCGUCCGGCGUUAGCCCGCCGGGUGGCAACAUAGGCAGUGCUUUCCGCAGCAGAGGAGGUGGUGGUGUGCUUGUAGCAGGCGUGACAAGCGGUCAGGGCAAGGCAGCGGCCCCUGCGUCAGGCGGGUCCCACGGCGGCGGUGGCGCCAGCCGGCAGCAGCCGCAGCAACAGCACGAAAUCAAGUCGGCUCUGGACCUGUUCUACUUUCAAUCGCAAUCGCAGCAGCCCCCGGACGUAACCGCUGCCGAGGAGAAAGGCCCAGGGCACUGGCAGCAGCAACAGCAGCAGUCACCAUCACGGCAGCGGCAUACGCAGCCCGGCGGAGGCACGGGUAGCGGCCCUGUGGCAGCUGGGAGUCGGCAAGGGCUCAUGCCGCCACCGCCAGUGCGGCCGCCCGUGGCAGUGGGCACCAUCGGUCUUGGACCGGGGGCAAGGCCCGGGGCUGCUGGUCCCGGCGUGGCAGGACGCGGCUCUCGGACGCUGAGCGCUACCGGGGGGCCACGGCUGGUGUCGGCGGCACUGUUGCUGCAGGAGGAAGAGAACAUCGAGCUGGGUGACGACGACUGGUGAAGGCAGAUAGAGUCGUGCUGGCGUUAGAGUCACAAGGUUGAGGGGUGCUUUGGCGUUUGGCGGCUGUCAGGACGCACCGAAAGAGCGAGAGAGAGCAGGAUGGUGGCGUGUCUGCAUGCAGGG